CUGCGCUGCGCUGCGUGCGGACGCCGAGAUGCAGGUCUGGGGUCGUAAAAUGGCCCAAAAGCCGAAGAAAAAGGGGAUAAAAGUGAAGCGAGAACCUGGAAACUGCCCCUCCUGCGGCCGCUUCGUCGGGGCGUGACGUGUCUUGCAGCGACAUCGUCCUGCGUGGACCGUGCGAGGGUCCUUCCCAGCUCGAACCCCGGUGGUCCGUCUCCCGUCACGCCCGUGGACAUGGCCGUCAGGAUCUGCCUCGCCAGCUCCCCCCCUCUCCGCUCCUUCGUCGGCAACCGCAGCGACGGCCGUCCGACGGCGCCGGGCGCCCUGCCGCAAUUCUGCCGGCCGCAGCGGCCCUGCCUCUCCGUCGUCUCCGUGGCAACCAAGGCAUCGACGGAAGCGGCGGCUGAGGAGAGCCGCGGCAAAAGCCAGAUGGUGCUGAGGAUGAAGAGGGAGAGGAAGAGCGUGGUGUUCGCGGACUCGUGGGGUUUGGCGCUCACCACCGUGCACGUCUUCAACGAGGCCGAGGACGACCUGCUCACCGAGCUGCAGCUCCACCUGCGGGAGAUGGAGGGCGCUGCUGCGGGACUGCAGCUCGCAGACGUCCGAGACUCUACUGAUUCUGGUUCAAGUCUGGUUCUGGACUUCACCCCACCAGCCGAAGACUACCUGGACCUCAGGAACCGGCUGAAGGCUCAACAGGUUUCUCUGGAGACCUGUUCGGUGCAGGAGCGUCUCCUCUCCGGGACCGUCCAGGUGCGGAACAUCUGCUUCGAGAAGUCUGUCUGGGUCCGGAUCACCUUCGACUCGUGGAGGUCCUUCCAGGACGUCGGGUGCGUAUACCUGAACAACGUCUACGGCUGCCCCGACACCGACACCUUCUCCUUCUCCGUGUCUGUGCCGGAGGACCCGGGCACCUCUGACAGAGUGGAGUUCUGCGUCCGGUACCAGACGCGGCACCAGACCUUCUGGGACAACAACCUCGGCGAAAACUACCAGCUGGUGUCGGUAGAUCCGAGCCGGAUCCCCGAGACGGCCUCGGGUUUGGAGAUCCAGAGGGGCCGCGGUGGUGGCAAGAUGGACUUUGACCCGUUUGGAAGUCCCAGGAUGUCCUCGGGGAUCUUCCCCGAGUGGCAAAGCUGGGGCCACGUGGAGACCAGCGCCCCCUACUGGUGAAACCAGCACAGCACUCGUUUUAAAUCUGCACCUAGUCUGAUUUUACUCUCCACGGGCUUCACGUGAGCGCCCCACAGCACCUGUCCACCGCUUUCACCCCGUCACUUUAACUUCUGAAAUGAACCUGCUGAAGAUGGGGGUGGGGGGGGGAUGUAAAACCACGGAUCUGGCCCGGCUUUGAGACGAUACCUGGAGCUGAUCGUCCCAGACCGUCUUGAAUAUGCAGCUCCAGAACGGAAUCCUUAUAGUGGAUCCAGAUUCUGGUCCAGAUCGGCUCUCCUGGAUGGAAUCCUCAGGGAAGACCGUGCACAGGGAUUGUGGCAAUGCGUAAGGAGAAGCUUAGACCUGGACACCUCAGAAACAGAACCAGGAGACAUAAGGGCUUUGAAUAAUAAUCCAAAGGCUUUUUUUUAAAAAGAUUCACACGAUUCCAUUUCAAAAGACUUCAGAAGUCUCCUUCAGGGAUUUUUCUGGAAACUUCCCAAAGAUUCAAGGUUCAACGCCCGAGAGCUUUUUCUCGUAAAUCCAAACCUCAGGACUUCAUCGUCUACUGAUUCGUUACUGGGAUGUUCUCAAAAGGGAUUACAAAGACUCGUCUUCACACGUCGGGGGUGACUGGUUACAAGGGGGUGUUUGGGUUCAGGGCACGGCACGGCCAACACCCCGACUUUUUAAGGUCCGGAAGCAGUGGCACGGCACCGUCAGGUACCUGAAACCCACCAUGACGGUUCAAGACAGUUCUCACAAGCGUUUACAUCCAGACCUGAACCUGGAGCUGGUUCUGACUCAUGCACACGAGUUGGGAGAUCCUCCGGCCACCAUGAGUCCUCGUGGACUGCACGGUUCCCCCGAUGGGUUAUCAUGACGGAGUGUUUCCUCCUCUUUUACGAUCACUGUAAACCGGCGCUCGUCAGCGUUUUUAAAGUUGUGGGAUUUGGUGUUUUUAAAGAUCUUCCUGCUGAUCAGAAGCGGUUUCUACACGGUGGCUUCUGUUUGGGCGAACCCUGUUUUGAAAUGACAAAAUAAAAAUAGAGAAAUAAUGCAAAAUAAUCCGUUUCCCAUCUUUUGUUUUGAUAAUAAAAAAACGGAAAACGGAUCGUUAUCCAUUAUCCGUUAUCCGAUUUCAUUGAUGUGUUUGAAAAUCGAAAUUGGGAAUUAAAACAGCGAAUAGUAAUAGGAAAUAGAGAAAAGAGUUUUCCAUUCGCUGUUUUAAUUCCCAAUUUUGAUUUUCAAACACAUCAAUGAAAUCGGAUAACAGAUAAUGGAUAACGAUCCGUUUUCCGUUUUUUAUUAUCAAAACAAAAGAUGGGAAACGGAUUAUUUUGGAUUAUUUCUCUAUUUUUAUUUUGUCAUUUCAAAACAAAAAACGGAUGGCCGCGAAGUACACGGACCUGUUUGGUUCCCACACACGUCGUAAUUCCCUAUCAGGUUGGGGUUGGCCGUACCCAGGGGAUCCCUACGUAGAGUUUGUUUAACUGUAGUAAUCAAAAAGCAUCACUCUGAUAUUUCGGGUGUUUUGAGUUUUGUUCUUGUUCACCACGGUAACGAGUUCAAAGUCACAGUCGGGUCAAAAGCUUCGCUACACACCUGCACAUUGUUCUGCUCGAUCGCUCCAAAACACAUGUUGGAUCCGCUCCUGAAUCAGUCGGAGAAGGUCUGAGGUCAGUAGCUGUACGUCUAAGGAUUUGAAUGUCUUCACACCAUCACGUGGGGUCGGGUCAGCGGUUUCUCGUGAGGACGACGUGUCUCUGACCGGGUUUUUCUGCUGGUCUGGACCUCAUGGUCACCUGUUACCGGGCAGAUUUCAGCCUCCGAGACGGGUGCUGCCUUGUUUGGUCAACGUGACUGUGGCGUGGGGGCGGAGAGAAACGACACACUCGACGAUGGCGAGGGGUCGUUGUCACGGUAACGGCUGAGGAGGAGUUUAACCUGCACUUCCUGUUAGCUCCUGUAGCCAAACCAGUAGAAAUCCUUUAGUAAGAUAACAAAACUCAGUGCUCUUAUCUUGUGUGUUUGUCUGUCUGUGUGUGUGUGUUUGUGUGUGUGAGGAAGUUUGAAGGGAAACGUAAACUUUUCGAAGCAUCCAUGGAAGUUUCUGUCGACCAGCGGCUCCGGCACUAAAAAGUGGUAUUUGUUUUGGUUGUUGACUUGUACAAGCUGAGAUGUUCGUGCUCUCCCACUUCCUGGGUGGGGGGGGGGGGGG